UCCAGACGCCACACUUCCAGCGCUGGCUCAGCUUAUAAAAAGCGUGCGGCGCCUGCGCAGCCAACUCAUUACAACAAAGCUCACGCGGCAGUCGACAAACAUGAAAUUCUACGCGCUGUGUUCACUGAUGUCUGUGCUGCUGCUGGCCAGCAGCGUCAGCUGCUUGCCCCAGACCCGUGAGGGUGCCGCCUACACAAAUGAGGCUAUUAGGCAGGCACAGCAGACGCUGCUCAUCCCGAAGGAUGCACAAAUCCAGAAUGUGCAGGAGGGCAUCGAGCUGGGCGCCUAUGAACAGAUACCCGGCAACCAGCGCAUCAAUCUCUUUGAUAUCCUCGGCGAUACGGUGCCAUCGGAGGUGAUAAACAAUCUGCAGUCGCAGGUCGAUCAAAUUGGACGCAACUAGACGUCGUCAACACUCACAUCAUAAAUCAUUCCAUUUUGGUUUUCACCAUAUUUUUGUUAAGUUUUA